CGUAUCUGGUUCAAGGAACCACUGAGACCGGGGUGGCUUCCUAAGAGCGAGCACAUGGCCACCCCCACACAACUACCCCGCGCCAAAAGAAGAUGCGCCCGGCUAUCGGGAUCCAUCGUCCCCCGAUGCAACAACGGAAAGUAUAAAGCCCCGGGGCAUCUUCACAGCAGCCAUCAGUCAGUCGGAACACCAGAGGUUGAUCAAAUCAACUGCUAGUCACCAAAAAUCUAACCUAAUCAUCCCCCCAAACUUAAGCCUGAAAAUGUACAAAAAAUUGUUCAUCGCCUCCGUGCUGUUGACGACCAUCGUCUCAGCCGUGCCGGUGCCACCUGGUGGCUCCGAUGCCGAAGCCACCAUCGUGGCAAUGGACACGGUCAUCAACGACGAUGGGAGCUACGCGUACAACUACGAAACCAGCAACGGCAUCAAGGCCAGUCAGCGCAGCGAGAACGGAAUCAACGCCAACGGAGAGUACUCGUUUGUGGCCCCGGACGGUGCCGAGUACAAGCUAACGUACGUGGCCGAUGAGGCCGGUUUCCGCCCGCAGGGUGCCCAUCUACCCGUUGAGCCCGAAGCGCCGGAACACGUCAUCAAGAUGUUGGAGGAUUUGCGCGCCAGCAACAACCCGGACUUCGAUCUGGCCGUGCUCGAUGCCACCAUCGCCCGGCUGAAGGCUACCCGAGGCUAAGGAGGGAGAGACCACGUAGCGCUUAAGGAAUCCUGACCACCGUGAUGAUGAUGAUAAUGGCUCCGUGGAAGGUGUACUGAACACUUCUUUUGUACAUAUUUCGAUAAGGGACGAUGAUGAGUAGUUUAAUGCUAU